UCAUAUAUAAGAGCGCUGGCGCGGCGCGCUGUCAGUGUAGUUUGAACAAGUAAAGCGAAAGCAUCAAAGCGAAUCAAAAGCGAUCAAAGCAACUUUAAUCAACUUGAGUGAAUUGUUUUUUAUUAGUGAAAUCAAAGUAAAUCCAAAAGUGCAAAAAUGGUGAAAUCUCCAGCAGUUGGUAUUGACUUGGGAACAACCUACUCCUGCGUCGGAGUGUGGCAACAUGGAAAAGUCGAAAUCAUCGCCAACGACCAAGGUAACAGAACAACCCCAAGUUAUGUUGCCUUCACCGACACCGAGCGUCUUCUCGGAGACGCUGCCAAGAACCAAGUUGCCAUGAAUCCCAACAACACUAUCUUCGACGCAAAACGAUUAAUCGGAAGGAAAUUCGACGACCCGAAGAUCCAGCAAGACAUCAAACACUGGCCCUUCAAAGUCAUCAACGAUUGUGGCAAGCCGAAAAUUCAMGUCGAAUACAAGGGAGAAAUUAAGAAAUUUGCACCGGAAGAAAUUAGUUCAAUGGUGCURACGAAGAUGAAAGAAACAGCUGAAGCUUAUUUGGGAACUAGUGUGAGGGACGCCGUCAUCACAGUCCCAGCAUAUUUCAACGACUCCCAAAGACAAGCCACGAAAGACGCCGGAGUCAUCGCUGGUUUGAAUGUCAUGAGGAUAAUUAAUGAACCGACAGCAGCAGCWUURGCUUAYGGUUUAGAUAAGAACUUGAAGGGUGAAAGAAACGUCUUGAUCUUCGAUUUAGGUGGAGGUACUUUCGACGUAUCYAUUUUGACUAUUGACGAAGGAUCGUUGUUUGAAGUACGAGCCACUGCAGGUGAUACCCACCUCGGUGGUGAAGACUUCGACAACCGUCUUGUCAACCACCUCGCCGACGAAUUCAAACGCAAAUACAAAAAAGAUCUGAGAAGCAAUCCGAGAGCUUUACGACGUUUGAGAACCGCCGCUGAAAGAGCGAAACGAACCUUGUCUUCGAGCACUGAAGCAUCGAUUGAAAUCGACGCCCUCUUCGACGGCAUCGACUUUUACACCAAGAUCAGUAGAGCAAGAUUUGAGGAAUUGAAUGCUGAUCUAUUCAGAGGCACACUUCAACCUGUGGAAAAAGCCCUCACUGAUGCUAAAAUGGACAAAGGAAUGAUUCACGACAUCGUCCUCGUCGGCGGUUCCACUCGAAUUCCGAAAAUCCAACAACUGCUCCAGAAUUAUUUCAAUGGAAAAUCGCUGAAUCUCUCGAUCAACCCCGAUGAAGCCGUAGCCUAUGGUGCCGCCGUCCAAGCAGCUGUUUUGAGCGGUGAAACCGAUUCGAAGAUCCAAGACGUGCUUCUCGUCGACGUAACACCACUCUCACUGGGUAUCGAAACCGCCGGAGGUGUCAUGACGAAGAUUAUCGAACGCAAUGCAAGAAUCCCAUGCAAACAAACUCAAACCUUUACCACUUAUUCCGACAACCAACCGGCCGUCACCAUCCAAGUCUUCGAGGGUGAAAGAGCCAUGACGAAAGACAACAACCUCUUGGGUACUUUCGAUUUGACUGGAAUUCCACCAGCACCACGUGGAGUCCCGAAAAUCGAAGUUACUUUCGACCUAGACGCCAAUGGCAUUCUCAACGUUUCUGCCAAAGACACAAGUUCCGGCAAUUCUCGCAAUAUUACUAUCAAGAACGACAAAGGAAGAUUGUCACAGAAAGACAUCGACAGAAUGGUAUCAGAAGCGGAACAAUAUAAAGAAGAGGAUGAAAAACAGAGACAAAGAAUUGCCGCCAGGAACCAACUCGAAGGCUACAUCUUCCAACUCAAGCAGGCUGUAUCCGAUUGUGGCGACAAAUUGUCAUCAACAGACAAAGAAACUAUAACAAGGGAAUGUGAUAGUUGUUUGCAAUGGUUAGAUGCCAACACUCUUGCCGAGAAAGAGGAAUACGAAGAUAGACAAAAACAACUGACUCAAAUCUGUAGUCCGAUUAUGGCGAAAUUGUAUCAACAAGGAGCCCCUCAAGGGGGACAACAGAUGCCCGGAAGCUGCGGACAACAAGCUGGCGGUUUCGGAGGACAGAGACAAGGUGGACCGACCAUUGAAGAAGUCGACUAGAAAUUUGUAAAGCUUUAACCAAUAUCAAUUUCUUCCAAUUUGUUUUUCCUAGUCUUGUUUGUAAAUAGUUUUACUAUUGUUUUAAGUAGAUAGGACUGAAUUAAAUUAAGACUGAUUCUUUUGUAAAUUAUUUGUAAAAUAAAGUAUUUUUUAUUU